AUGGAGGAUUCAGACGUGGAAGCGUUGUGGGACGAAUUCCACUACCGGGGAUGUGGAGGGGAGAACGAUGAGAAGGAUAAUGAUGUGGGGGAGAACGAGGAGGAGGAUAUGAAUGAGGAGGAUAAUGAUGUGAGGGUGUCUGAGCCUCCAAAGGCAGCAACAUCAGAACCUAAGAAGGCAACACCUAGGAAGAGGUCAGAACCAAUGAAUUCAACACCUAGGAAUGAUGGCCUACCACCUCUGAAUGUAACACCUCUGAACACAGCACCUCCAGACGUAGAUAGACUGGAUUUUACAGAGAAUUUGGUGUGGAUUACUAAAUGUACAUUGAUGAUUGAAAAACCCACGAGAAGAAUGGAAUCUUUAAGUUCAGGCUGGGAUGCAACGCCAUUGUAUGAUAACACCAUCCACAUCAUGUACAGAACAAUGGACAGGAAUAAACGUUUCAGAGAUGCCAUGCACAAGUACUUCAAGGAUCGAACACCCACUGCAGAAGCUGGGGUACACAAUGAGGGGGGUGACAAAGAGGCCGGUCAAAAUGAGGUCGGUCACACUGAGGGGGGUCAAAAUGAGGCGGGUCUCGAAGAUGUCGGUAAAAAUGAGGCCGGUCACACUGAGGGGGGUCAAAAUGAGGCGGGUCUCGAUGAGGUCGGUCAAAAAGAGGGGGGUCUCGAUGAGGCUGGUCAAAAAGAGGGGGGUCUCAAUGAGGCCGGUCAAAAAGAGGGGGGUCUAGAUUAG